AUGGCACUGGACGCAAAGAUUCGGGCCAACGGUCGUUGGUCGAACCCGGAAUCCGACCCGAAACUGCAGUCUCUUGUCGUCAGCAGGGAUACCAUCCUACGCUCGCUAAUGGAGGCCUGCAGCAAAGAGGACAUGUGUCUCUUCGAUGUUGCAAGUCAUCCAGCGGAUGAUCAGCAAGGACGGAAGAAGACUAACUCUUCUCAGGCAGGAAAAACCUUGAAGUCUGCCUCUGGUAGACCUAUUGGAAAUAAGCUGAGUUCCCUGACUGCCGGACAACGUGGACCAUUACUACUUCAAGACUUCACGUACAUCGAAGAAAUUUCUCAUUUCGACAGAGAACGAAUUCCAGACAGAGUUGUUCAUGCCAAAGGAAAUGGGGCUUUCGGUUACUUUGAAGUCACCGACGAUGUUACGCAGUACACAAAAGCAAAGUUAUUCUGUGAAGUCGGGAAGCGAACCCCAAUUGCUGUUCGAUUUUCUCUGGCCGGUGCAGACGUGGGUGCGGCAGAUACAACUCGAGACAUCCGUGGAUUCGCCAUCAAAUUUUACACAGAAGAAGGAAACUGGGAUUUAGUCGGAAUACAUCUUCCAGUUUUUCCCAUUCGAGACCCGAUUAACUUUCCAAGCUUUGUUCACACACAGAAGAGAAAUCCAGUGACCAAUCUAAGGCCAGAUCUGAAUAUGUUUUGGGACUUUUUUGCAUUGAGGCCCGAAAGUACACAUCUGGUACUCUAUUUAUUUUCUGACGAAGGAAUCCCAGAGUCAUAUCGGAACAUCGAUGGCUUUGGCGUCAAUACCUUCAAGUUAGUCAACGAAUCAGGCGACGUUUUUUAUUGCAAAUUUUCUUAUUUUACUGAUCAAGGCAAAAAGUUCAUCUUCCCGGAUAUAGCUACUCAGUUGGCAGGAUCAGAUCCCGAUUAUUAUGGCAGAGACUUGUACAAUGCAAUCGAGAACGGAAAGUACCCCUCCUGGACUUUCUAUAUUCAAGUGAUGACACCCGAAGAAACUAAGAGUUGUAGCUUUAAUCCUUUCGAUCCUACUAAGAUUUGGCCAGAAAACGAAUAUCCGCUAAUAAAAGUUGGGAAACUAGUGCUCAACAAAACCACUUCUAAUCAUUUUGCCGAAGUCGAACAGAUAGCAUUUUGUCCAGCGAAUUUGGUUCCAGGCAUUGAAGUUAGCCCAGACAAAGUUCUGCAGGGACGUAUCUUCUCCUACUUGGACACGCAGCGGUACAGGCUAGGUACCAACUUCUUCCAACUUCCAGUGAACUGUCCUUUCAGAUCUCGUCCUAGGAACUACGAACGGGAUGGAACUGCCACUGUCACUGAUAAUCAAGAUGGUGCUCCGAAUUACUUUCCAAACAGUUUUGGAGGACCAGUAGAAGAUCCAAAAGCAGAAGAAAGCACUUUCGUUGUCCACGGGGAAGCUGCUCGAUACGAUACUUCUAAUGACGAUAACUUUACUCAAGCAGGCGUAUUUUACAGAAAGAGGCUAAAUGAAGGUGAAAAAUCUCGCCUGGUGAAGAACAUCGUCCAAAGCCUUUCGAAUGCUGAACAGUUUAUCCAGGAGCGACAGAUCGAAAAUUUCAGUCAAGCAGAUCCAGAGCUUGGCGAAAGAGUUAGAAUUGGACUAGAGAGAGAAGAAGAACCAUAAGGAGCCAAAUUAUAGGAAAGUUACUAACUCUAAAUGUUUCAAUUCUU